UGUCCUGUUUGAAUUUGGGGGCAACUCGAGCAGCGCUGGAGCGGCUCCGCAGAGGAGGCGAUUCUUCCUGUCCAUGGCGAUUUCAAGAUCUUCCGCCGCUCGACCUUGAUUUCUCUUCCCUUUCUCUUCGAUCCUCGACUGUCACGGUUUUAAUGGGUAGGCUACAGAAAGCCUCUCAUCAGGAUGUUCCAUUAGUAUCAUCUGUCAAUAGUGCAGAUUAUGAACUAUCUAGUGAUGAAGGAGGGCUCGACAUGCAAAGUUCUUUUGACGUUCUAUCUGAAUCAAAAAGUAAAAUGCUUGAAGAUGAAAUUAUCAUCUGCUUCCAGGAGGAAUGUGGUGCAGCAGGGUCAAGGGAUGAAAAAAUGGUGAACCUGAUGAAGGGGAUCAAGAUUAUUUGCGGUAGGAAUUUGUUAAGAGUGUUCCUGGCCUGUGAAUCCUGUGAUCCUCCUUGCUCCUGUCCAGGUACCUCCCCACACCUUCUCCCAUGGCUAUAAGAUUCUGGAUCUGCCAUGGUACAGUUCUUUCAUCUUCCUCUACCACUUCUCCCAUGGCGGAGUCUCCGUUUUAGGGUGUGCUAGGUGAGAUCUGUCCAGGGAGAAAUGUAUGUGUAGGGCCGCUGGGAUUUUUUCAGGGGUUUGGCACUUGCGUGAGAUGCAAGUUCAAAGACAGCUGUGCGUUCUGUUUUGUGUUCAAGUGCCGGGUUGUGUUUAUUCGGGUUUAUUUCCUGACCCGUUUACUUUUGAAAUACAGCUACAUACAAUUCA